ACCUAAAAAAUAAAACAACAAGACCUGUCAAGAUUUAAAUGUAGGAAAUGUUAAAAUUAAUAAACUUAAGCAAGACAUUCACAUUUAUCAAUUCGUAUCAACUAAACAAAACCAUAGGAAAACAAUUCAUUCAAUAUGCAUUUCCUACAAAACACAUUUUAGAAACAAGAUUUCAGUCAAGGAGACGGGACCACAGGGGGAAAUGGCACUCCAAUUACACUCACAAUACGGCCCUACCAUUGUCUUUAGCCUUCACCUUUUUAGGCGUUGUCAGUUGUGAUGCAGUGCUUAAAGGGAAAGAUAAGAAAUUUUUUAAGGCUGUACAAUAUGGCCUUUCUGAUGAAAUUGAUAAAUUACUAAAAGAACAUGAUGCUAACCAAAGACAUCCACUUGGAUGGACAGUGUUAAUGUUGGCUGUGGUUAAUGGCCACUACACUGUUGCCGAAAAGAUUUUAAGUCAUGGGGCUGAUCCAAACUUGGGAGACAACUUUGUUAAUAUCAGCAGGACUGCAAAUGAAAAAGGCUUACAUCCUAUUGAAACACUAAUGAUAAGAGAGGAAGAAUUUAGUGGUAGUUUAAACAAUAAAGCUACAUUUCUUGGGUUCACUGCCUUGCAUUAUGCAGCUUUGAUGAACAACUUAGAUAUGUGCAAGUUGUUGAUUAAAUAUGGGGCUGAUCCUUGUGUUGAAAAUGAUGCUGGUCAUAAACCAAUUCAGUAUGCAUUGAAGGAUGGGGCUGUAGAAAAAUUUCUAGAAACUGAAACACAAAAGCAUGAAGUAGUAAAGAAACAGAAGGAGCUGGAGGAACGUCGACUAUUCCCACUUGAAGAGAGACUAAAACAGUACAUUGUUGGACAAGAAGGAGCUAUAACAAUAGUCGCUGAUACAAUCAGAAGAAAAGAAAACGGCUGGGGUGACGACGAUCACCCGUUAGUAUUCCUGUUUCUCGGAUCUUCGGGUAUAGGAAAGACAGAACUGGCCAAACGACUGGCCGCCUACAUCCACAAAGAGAACAAGGAAGCGUUCAUCCGCAUGGACAUGUCAGAGUAUCAAGAAAAGCACGAAGUGGCAAAACUGAUCGGCGCUCCGCCUGGCUACAUAGGACACGACGACGGCGGCCAACUGACCAAAAAAUUGAAGAAGUGCCCAUCGGCCGUCGUUCUGUUCGAUGAAGUUGACAAGGCUCAUCCGGACGUUCUGACUGUGCUGCUACAACUGUUCGAUGAGGGACGGUUAACUGACGGUCAGGGCAAGACUAUCGAGUGUAAAGAUGCGAUUUUUAUCAUGACUUCGAACUUGGCCAGCGACGAGAUUGCCCAGCAUGGUUUGGAGUUGAGACGGGAGGUCGACAGGCUACGGGAAUCACGGUUAUCCAACGAAAAAACAUUUAUGGACGUUUCCGACAACAUCACAAUAUCCAGAAAAUGGAAGGACGAGGUCGUCCGACCGAUUCUCAAGAGGCACUUCAAACGAGACGAGUUUCUCGGACGGAUAAACGAAAUAGUUUAUUUUCUGCCAUUCUCCAGAAAUGAAUUAAUUCAACUAGUCAGCAAAGAACUGGAUACUUGGGCAAAAAGGGCAAAGGACAAACACAAAAUCGACAUAAAAUGGGAUAGGAGUAUUGAAUCUGCACUGGCGGACGGUUAUGAUGUACAUUACGGAGCCCGAUCUAUAAAAUAUGAGGUUGAAAGACGAGUGGUUAACAAAUUGGCCGCCGCCCACGAAAAAGGCUUAAUUGGCAACGGAUCAAUAGUACAUGUAUCUGCAACGUGGCCUGAGGAGUCGGACGUUGCUAUUAUCAAACUCAAGGUGAAAAAGAAAGGGGGGAAAGAGUUUGUAGAAAUAGACAGUAGCAAUCUUUUAACUAACGUGAAAAAUGUACAUAAUACACUGUUUAACAGUUAAAUAAAAAUAAAUUAUUUGUUUUA